CAGGUCUGAUGUGCAUCCAUGGAAGGGGGGGGGGGGGGAGGGAGAGGAGAAAGCCUCUUUGAGUAACUCAAGUAUAUAUGCAACUUCCUGCCAGUGAGGAAAUAACUCGGCUAGAAGCAGCCCCGCUUCUUCUUUCCCGGCUCCGGCCGCGCUGAAGAAGCUGUGGUGAGCCGUGGGUCACCCUGGCCUCAGCCAGAGUGCCUGGCCGGUCACUGGAGGAGCAAUGCCCUGGAUUGUCCUGCUCUUGGCAGCUGGCUCCAUGGCGAUACCAGCGCCCUCCAUCCUGCUGGUGCCCCCACACCCCAGCAGUCAAGAGGACCCCCUCUACAUCGAAUGCGCGGCCCCCUGGGGCUUCGCAGGGGCCAACUUCACGCUGUAUCAAGGGGAGAAGGUGGUCCAGCUCCUGCAGGCCCCUGCGGACCAGCUCAGGGUCACCUUCAACCUGAGCGGCGGCUGGGAGGCUGCAGGGGGCAUGUUCCAAUGCCAGUACGGCGUGGUGGGCGAGCACCGGCAGCCGCAGCUGUCCGACCUCAGCGAACCUGUGCACGUGUCCUUCCCAGUACCCACUUGGAUCCUGGCACUCUCCCUGAGCCUGGCUGGAGCCCUCCUCCUCGCUGGGCUGGUGACGGCUGCUGUGGUGAUCAGGAAAGUUAAAGUAAAAAAAAUGCAGAAGAAAAGAGAGCGGGACUCCUGCUGGGCCCAGGGUAGCUUCACCACCACAGACAUGUCCUUCGAUAAUUCCCUGUUUGCUAUCUCAACGAAAAUGACUUCCGAAGGAGACGCAGCCAGCCUGGAUGCUUGCUCAGGGUCUGCCGCAACCUAUGAAAACUCCAGGCCCCGGAAGAGGCCCACCUCCACGUCAUCCUCACCGGAACCCCCUGAAUUCAGCACCUUCCGGGCCUGCCCGUGAGGCUGAGAAUCGGGACCCUCGUCUCUCUGACCAUACACUCCACCCUCCGCUCAGUAUUCUCACUGAAGCUGGUGGGGCUGGGUGGGGCCCGCGGUCCCUCCAGCUACUUCGGGGGCUCUCGCUGCUGCUUUCUCAGGGAAUUGAACAGAGACAAGAGGGAUGCCUGGCCUUGGGACCUUCCUCGCAGAGGAGCCGGAGGAGAAGAGGGGGAGCAGGCACCGGCUGGGAGGCUGGGCGGGAAGCAGGAAGUCUGUCUUUGGAAUCUCAGCUUCUCAGCCACCGGAGAAGUGGUUACGAUCCCGUCUGGUCCCCAGCUGGGCCUACGAGGCCGGAGCUCUCCGCACACCCCUCCUGUUUCCUCUUCCCUCGCCACACCCGACGUGCACAGCCCAACUGGGCUUGGGGAGCACAGGGCACCUGGGGGUGUGUUUUGAGUGUCUGCCUUGCUGGUAUGCCUAAGUUAUUCAUUAUAGCACACGUUGAGCUGU